ACGAGCCGUCUCAGACGCAGAGUGCGCGUCUCACCAGAAUGCAUGAGCGCUCUCCGUCAUUGGAGAGCCCCGUCUUUUCUCAGGAAAGGAUGCCCUCUGGGUCCGGUUCUAAUGAGAAAAGUGGUGACGACAGAUGCAUCUCUCACGGGCUGGGGGGCAGUGUUCGAGGGCAGAACAGUGAGGGGAGUGUGGUCUCCGUCACUGAGAGAGAAGCACAUAAAUUUUCUAGAACUACUGACAGUGUCACUGGCCCUGAAACAUUUUGUGCAUUUUCUUAAAAAUCAUCAUGUAUUAGUCAGAACAGACAAUACAACGGUGAUAGCCUACAUAAAUCGACAAGGGGGGGUGCGGUCUCGCCAGCUUCACUCGUUAGCGAAAGAACUAACUAUAUGGAGCAGCAGGAACCUCUUGUCAUUACGCGCGACGCAUGUUCCAGGAAUAAUGAACAGGGGAGCGGAUUUACUGUCCAGAGGGAAUCCCCUGUACGGGGAGUGGAGACUCCACCCUCAGGUGACGCUCAUGUUGUGGCAGAGAUUCGGCCAGGCAGCCGUAGAUCUCUUCGCAUCGCGCGAAAACGCGCAAUGCCCUCUGUUCUUCUCUCUGGUGGGCGACGAUGCACCGCUGGGUGUGGAUGCUCUAGCCCACGAGUGGCCAGACGUGUUACUUUACGCGUUCCCUCCGUUGAGCCUGAUCGAGCCGACACUACGGAGAGUUCGGGAAGGCAGGCAUGUAAUGAUUCUGAUCGCACCACACUGGCCGGGCAGACUAUGGAUUGCGGAGAUCGCGCAACUACUAUACGACCAACCGUGGCCAUUACCAGUGCGCAGAGAUCUUCUCUCACAAGCACGGGGGGAAAUAUUUCACCCCUCCCCUCAGAAACUAACUCUCUGGGCCUGGCCCGUGAGAGGUUGAAUCUAAAUAUAGCUGGGUUACCUCCGAAAGUAAUUGAGACCAUUCAGAACGCGAGGGCGGCCUCGACGCGCUCGUUAUAUGAUCUCAAAUGGAGGGUGUUCGAGAGCUGGUGCGCAGAAAGGAAUAUAGUUCCUUUCUUGUGUUCAGUUUCGGAUGUACUGUGUUUCUUACAAGAACUUCUAGAAAAGGGUAGAGCUUUUUCUACGAUUAAGGUUUAUCUAUCCGCUAUAUCGGCAUGUCACAUGGGUUUUAACUCAGGUACCAUUGGCCAGCACCCUCUCGUCUGUCGGUUUAUGAGAGGUGCACGUCGGUUACACCCAGUAUCGAAGCCGCUGGUUCCGCCCUGGGAUCUGUCCGUGGUUCUGAACGCACUUUCGAAAGCUCCGUUUGAACCUAUCGAUUUAAUUGACCUAAAAUUGUUAACUCUAAAGACGGCUGUAUUACUGGCGCUCACCACAGCAAAGAGAGUGAGUGAACUACACGCUUUAUCAGUUCACCCGUCAUGUAUGAUGUUCGCUCCGGGUGUUCAGAGGGUCUCUUUUAGAACUAACCCGGCAUUUGUACCCAAAGUGUUUGAUCACGCUGGUGCAGCUCAAUCAGUGGACCUGCUGGCUUUUCAUCCCCCACCCUUUACAUCACCAGAGGAGGAGAGGUUGCACAAUUUAUGUCCUGUCCGUACUCUGCAUAUGUAUGUCCAGAGAACACAGACGCUUCGUCAGAGCAAUCAGCUGUUUGUCUCAUGGGCUGAGUCUUACAGAGGAAGACCUAUCUCCCGACAACGCCUUUCUCAUUGGAUAGUGGAAGGUAUCGUAUUAUGUUAUAAUAAUUCGAAUAUAGAGCCUCCUAAAGGACUACGAGCUCAUUCUACUAGAGGCAUGGCUACGUCCUGGGCUCUUUUUAAAGGCAUCUCUAUUCAGGAAAUUUGUGCGGCAGCUAGCUGGUCUUCUCCGCACACUUUUGCUCGUUUCUAUAGUCUGGAUGUGACAGAGCCUUCUCUGGCACAUUCGGUUCUGGAAGUGAAUAGUCGGGUCGCAUAAAAAAAAAAAAAAAAAAAAAGGAAAGAGAGAGGGGGGAGACACCUCAAAUCUUUCUGUGUUCAACUUUGUGGGGAGUUAUGAUUCAGAUUUUUUGAUAACCCAUCUUAGUCUGCUUCGUCAGCAUAUCGGCAAUACGGGAGUUGUCUAUAUCCCAUAGUGAGAUACCGAACGAAAUGUUUGAAAGAGAACGUAAGGUUACUAACGUAACCCCGGUUCUCUGAUAACAUGAAGUGAGGUAUCUCACAAAUUUUGCCCUCCUUGCCGUCCUGCACGGAGAAGAGAUAUGCGGAGAAUGACGAGAUGGCAGGUAGCUGCGGUUUAUAUUCAGGGAGGCGGGACUCCCUGAUCGCUGCAGCGAUUGGUCUGCCACGUUUGGCAGACGUGGUGUUAUUGGUGCU